UUUCGGGGCAGCGUCAGCCCCCGCACUCCAACCUGGGGGAGCCGGAUGGGGGCACCCAGGGGACCCCCCGCCACCACCCCAGGGAGGACAGGAGUGAGGGGUGCACCCCAUCGGCUGCAUGAAGCCCCCAGCCCUCAGCGGCCCCCGCUGGCAGCGUGACGUCCUUCCCCCGCAGGGCUCUCCGAAACCGCAGCCGUGUUUCCUGCCCGCCCCGGCGGGGAGGUGCAGGCGGGGCGCAGCCCGCGACACCCCUCCGGUUUCGCCCGGUACCGGGGCUGCCGGGCCCUUGGCGGUGACAGCCACCGGUGCUGCAGCUCGGGGUCCCGCAGCGUCCCCUGGCAGAGGUCCCAUGGCGCCGGGCUGGGCCGUGCUGGUGCUGCUGGUGCUGAGCACCCUGCGGGCAUGCGGGGCCCGGCCUCCGGAGCAGAGGGGCCUGCAGUGGGUCUGGGGGGCGGCGGAGCCGGCUCCGGCCGAGCCCCUGCUGCCCUCCCGCAGGCGAAGGGCCGACAACGGGCAGCCCCUCCCCGGCACCGCCACGAUGCCCGACAGCAACGAGACCGAAUCCCUCGAGCCCGACUCGCUGCUGGGCUCCACGCUGCCGCCGGGGCUGAGCACCAACAGCAGCCUGCCCCAGGAGCUCACCGCGCUGCCCGCGGAGCUGGGUGAGACCGAUUCCCCCGAGCCCGACUCGCUGCUGCUGGGCACGGAGCUGCCUCUGGAAGCGGGCACCAACGCCAGCCUGCACCGGGAGCUGGUGCUGACCACCGUGGAGCCGCAGGAUGAGACCGACUCCCCCGAGCCCGACUUGCUGCUGAGCUCUGCGCCCAGCACAGAGGCAGCGCCCCAAAAUAACGGCACCGCCAUCCCCGGCUGGCCCAUGUCAUCCGGGGGGCCUGGCACGGAGGGGACCGUGGCUGGUGGCACAAAUGACAUCUCCUCCACGGGGACCAUGGCCGGCAGCAUGGAUGACAUCUCUACAGGGAGCAUGGCCGGUGGCAUGGAUGACAUCUCCACGGAGCCACGCUCAGCUCUCUCCCCCACCAGCAGCAUUUACAAAAAAGCCGGGGACCUCCCGGUGCUGAAUCAUCCAGGAGAGGCGACCACGGCUCCUUCGGACUCAAAAACGAGGGGGAACGUAGUGGAGGAGGCCCCCGCCAUCCCCUGGGACGACAGCGUGCUGAUGAACAAGUGCCUGCUGGCCAUCCUGCUGCUGGCGCUGGUGGCCGCCGCCUUCAUGGUGUGCACGGGGGUGCUGGCCGCCCUGCUCUGCCGGCGGGCGCGCACGGCUCGCCACCAGCUCACCCCCACCGAAAUGGUUUGCAUCUCCUCCCUGCUGCCCGACGGCGAGCCCGCUGCCGCCAACGGCCCCCGGCUGGGCCCCCACCGGCACCGCAAGCUGCUGGCCGAUGGCGGCUCCGAAGCCGAUGGCGACAACCUGACGCUCAGCAGCUUCCUGCCAGACCACUCCUGAGCCGUGGGCUUCGCGCCCCCCACACAGCAGAACCACCUGGGACGGACUCAGCCACCCCAUUAAAGUGCCUCUGCUGCCCGGA